AUGAAUAAGUAAUACUAGAUUAUUUUUUUUGAUAAUAUUGAGAGGUAAGUAACUACAUGUUUGUUCAAACCUGCAACAACUAUCUAUUCAGUUUAUAGUGUAGCUCAACAGGAGAGAAAAUGGAUAGUAAGAUUAGCAGUUUGAAACAUCUGUUUGUGACAGUAUUUCUCUCAAAUUUUGCGUUAAAUGUGGUGAAUCCAGCAAUGACUGAUAUCACUAUGGAUGCACUUUGCCCUUCUCAAGACAAAUGCUCUCUUGCCAUUUAUCUUUCUGGUUUACAGCAGGCUAUUAUGGGGCUUGGAUCAAUGUUGAUGAUGCCACUGAUUGGAAACUUAUCUGAUGUAUAUGGAAGAAAAGCUCUGCUCAUUGUCCCUGUCACUGCCUCCAUUCUUCCAUCUGUAAUAAUGGCAUAUAGGAGGACUACAAACUAUUUCUAUGCCUACUAUGUCGUAAGGACCCUGACUGGCAUGCUCAGCGAUACUGGCAUUCAGUGCCUACCCAUUGCUUAUGCGGCAGAUUGCAUAUCAGAAGAGAAGCGUGCUUCUGCUAUUGGAAUUGUGGCAGGUGUAGGCUCUGCUGCAUAUUUAUGUGGUACCUUUGCUGCUCGUUUCCUCUCCACAGCUCAAAUAUUUCUGGUGUCAUCUAUUUCUUCAACGGCCGCGGCAGUAUACAUGACAAUAUUUCUAAAGGAGACAACUCGUAUUAAUAAGAACGACGAUGCUCUCAAUCAACCCAUAUUAACCAAUAAUGCUGAUGAGUCUGGAGGCGAUGAUUCCUCGGAGAAAACGCUGAGUCCAAAAAGUAUUCCGUCGUUUUACCAUAUUAUUAGGUUGCUCAAGAGUAGCACCACAUUUUCAUUGGCGACAAGUAUUGCUUUCUUAUAUGGUAUUGGUGAGGGUGGAAUACGAACUCCAUUUAUGUACUUUUUAAGGGCUCGAUUUCAAUACAACAAAGACAAUUUUGCUAUUCUAAUGUUGAUUUGCUACGGUGGAGCAACAUUUUCUCAGUUGAUCUUAGUGCCUAAGUUGGCUCCUAUAAUACGAGAAGAGACGAUACUUUCCUCGGCGCUCAUAGCUGGUUUUACCAAUAUGCUAAUAGAUAGUAUUGCAUGGGCAGCCUGGGUUCCUUAUAUAGUUGCUUUGUUUCCUAUGUUUCUCUUCCUAGCAAAACCAGCUUUACAAAGCAUUGUUUCAAAACAAGUUGGGCCAAACGAACAGGGAAUUGCUCAAGGGUGCAUUUCAGGCGUAAACUCCUUCGCCAAUAUUCUCUCUCCAUUUAUAUUUAGUCCUUUGACAGAUCUUUUCUUAUCUGAGAGAGCUCCAUUUAAUUAUCCUGGUUUUAGUAUGUUUUGCAUCGGCCUUGCUUGGUUGAUAGCAUUUAUUCCUAGCAUGAUGAUAAGGUUUGGUUCCUACAAUUCAAGACUCAAAAUCAGGGACGUCGUCUGCUAGGAGGCUUGAAGGAGUAUUCAACAAAGGCUAUAUUUGUAAAUCUUUCCUAUGUACACAAUCUUCAAAUGGUUAAAAAUGGAUUUGUUUUAUUUAAUUUUUUUUUAUCUUUCCUGAUGGUAAGCAACCCCCACUUCCAACCGAGAGGUUGUGAGUUCGA